AUGGCUUCCCUCUUCGUAUCUACUCCCUCUUCAUCUUCCUUAACUCUCAAAUCCUGUCACAAUUCGCCUCUUCGUCACUGUUACAGCCCCAUAUCUCUGAAACUUUCGAAAACUUGUCUGAAUCAGACAACGAGACGCAGAAACCCUUUGAGAUGUUCAACGGAAGAUGAUCGAGUUCGUGAAUCUGCCAACGACGGUUCGUCUCCGGUGGCUAUAGCGGAGGAGCAACAAAAGGAGGACCACGCGAACAACAAUGCGCCGCCUUCUCCAGAAACCAGUGAAGAAGAGGAGGAGGAGAAGAAGUCGAAGCAGCAAGAGAUGGAUUGGAAAACGGACGAGGAGUUCAAGAAGUUUAUGGGGAAUCCAUCAAUAGAAGCUGCGAUAAAGCUUGAGAAGACGAGAACUGAUCGUAAGCUGAAAGAGCUGAACAGAGAGAGCAACAAUGAGAAUCCGAUCAUCGGAAUAAUCAACAGCUUGGCUCGUGAUAGUUUGACUAGAGAGAAAGAAAGGCUUGAGAAAGUAGAAGAAACUUUCAAGGCUCUUGAUCUCAACAAGUUAAAGAGCUGUUUUGGUUUCGAUACGUUUUUCGCUACGGACGUUCGUCGAUUUGGAGAUGGAGGUAUCUUCAUUGGAAAUCUGAGAAAACCCAUUGAUGAGGUCACUCCUAAACUUGAAGCAAAGCUAUCUGAAGCAGCGGGACGCGAUGUUGUUGUGUGGUUUAUGGAAGAAAAGUCUAAUGAGAUCACAAAACAGGUGUGUAUGGUGCAGCCAAAAGCGGAAAUCGAUCUUCAGUUUGAAUCAACUAGAUUAAGCACACCUUGGGGAUAUAUUACUGCAAUCAGUUUAUGUGUUACAACAUUUGGAACCAUAGCUCUUAUGAGUGGUUUCUUCCUUAAACCUGAUGCCACCAUUGAUGACUACAUUGCUAAUGUAGUUCCUCUUUUCGGUGGGUUCCUUUCCAUUUUAGGCGUCUCAGAGAUAGCAACCAGAGUAACCGCUGCGCGACACGGGGUCAAACUAAGCCCAUCGUUUCUGGUGCCAUCGAAUUGGACUGGUUGCUUAGGAGUAAUGAACAAUUACGAGUCAUUGCUUCCUAAUAAAAAGGCGUUAUUCGAUAUCCCGGUAGCAAGAACUGCUAGUGCGUACCUGACUUCGCUUCUGCUUGCAGCUGCUGCGUUUAUAUCUGAUGGUAGUUUCAAUGGAGGAGACAAUGCUUUGUAUAUAAGGCCACAGUUCUUGGAUAAUAACCCGUUGCUUUCGUUUAUCCAAUUCGUUAUUGGUCCUUACGCGGAUGAUCUCGGCAAUGUCUUGCCUAACGCUGUUGAAGGAGUUGGAGUUCCUGUUGAUCCGCUCGCUUUUGCUGGUCUUUUAGGUAUGGUAGUUACUUCAUUGAACUUGUUACCAUGUGGAAGACUCGAAGGAGGUCGAAUCGCUCAAGCCAUGUUCGGAAGAAGCACAGCUGCAAUUCUCUCAUUUGCCACAUCACUCCUUCUCGGUAUUGGAGGUCUCAGCGGAAGCGUCCUGUGCUUGGCUUGGGGGCUUUUCGCAACCUUCUUCCGCGGUGGUGAAGAAACACCCGCAAAAGACGAAAUCACCCCUCUCGGCGACGAUAGGUUCGCUUGGGGUUUAGUCCUUGGACUCAUUUGCUUCCUUACUCUCUUCCCCAACAGUGGAGGUACUUUCUCCACUUCCUUCUUCAAUGGACCUUUCUUCCGUGGCAGUGAUUUCUAA